UUUGUGCAUUAAGUCCCAUCCUAUUAACCACACGACUUGUUUUUAGAAAAAAAAAAUUAUACCGAUCUCUGCAUAAGUUAUAAACUCAAUCAUCCAUUAACCACAUGCUGCACUUUCCGGUUGUGCGGCUGAUUGAUUCUCCACGCGCGCCCAAACUCGGCCGUUGUCCUACGAAUCCAUUGCUUGCGCUGUGCGCGUCGCUCCGCCGCCGGCACUGCGCCACGGCAGGACGCGCGGCCGAAGAGCCUCCCUCCAACUUCCGGAGGAGGUGUGCGGUGUCCUCAGCCGCACGGCAGCGCAAAAUCCCCCCGCGCGCCGUGAUACGGCACGCGCGCUUCACCCAAUCCAAUCCAAUCCAACGCGUCCCGCGCGCACGCGCGGGCCGUUCGCGGAGGCACGUUUGGGCUACCAUUUCGGACGGAAUUCUUGGCGAGACCGCCGUGCGCGGGCCCAAAACCAGGGGAAUCCGAUGUGAUCCGCGCUGCCGCGCGAGCUGGGCGGCCACCGGGAGCAGGCGGCCACGCGCUGGUUUCGCGGUCCUCGGCACGCGCACGACCACGGGACCGCCCCGGCAUCCGCGGACGCCGAGAUACCUGCCCACCGCUCCUCCGCCUGCUCCGCCUCGGCUAAUACCGAUGGGCGGUGGGAGCCGGGCCCUUCCCCUCUCCUCCCUCUGCGCCACCACCAAACCCCUGCUCCCCUUCCUCGCCCCCGCCCAUCGCAUCCUUCCCCUCCGCCUCGCCGCCGCCAUGUCGUCCUCGUCCUCCUCCACUACCCCAGCCGCCCCCGCUGCAUCGGGUGACGCCGCGGCCCCGGCACCCUCGGCGUCCAACGCCAUCAACUUCCUCACGCUCUGCUACCGCCUCAAGACGACCAAGCGAGCGGGGUGGGUGAGGCGCGGGGUGCAGGCACCUGAGUCGGUGGCCGACCACAUGUACCGGAUGGGCGUCAUGGCGCUUGUCGCAGCCGACCUCCCCGGCGUCGACCGCGACAGGUGUGUCAAGAUGGCGAUUGUGCAUGACAUCGCAGAAGCAAUCGUAGGCGAUAUCACCCCUUCAGAUGGUGUGCCCAAGGAAGAGAAGAGCCGCAGGGAGAAAGAAGCAUUGGACCGCAUGUGUGAAUUGCUAGGUGGAGGUUCAAGAGCACAAGAAAUUCGUGAACUUUGGAUGGAGUAUGAGGAGAAUGCCUCGUUGGAAGCAAAACUUGUCAAAGAUUUUGACAAGGUUGAGAUGAUACUUCAAGCACUGGAGUAUGAAAAGGAGCAAGGGCAGGACCUAGAAGAGUUCUUCCAAUCAACAGCAGGGAAAUUUCAGACAGACAUUGGAAAAGCAUGGGCAGGGGAGAUCGCAUCAAGAAGAAAGUGAAACAAACUGAUCAGAUGACAUCCGUUUGGUCUUUCUGUUUUCAAGAUAACUUGCCGGCACCGCAUUUCUGUUAAACUUCACCUUUACUAGAUGAUGCUUCAAGGCUUAGCACUGAAACACAUUGGGCUUGCCCUUGGGGAGUGAACUUCACUUUCACCACAUUUCUUGGCCCUGAGGCACAUUGGGCUCGCUACACCAAAGCUCCAGAUGGCCACCUCUUUUGGCUUGUAAUUGCCCGUAUCAAAAGUGUCAAGAGCUCGUAGCCGGAUCCAACAGGAAGUUUCAGCACCAGCUCCUGGUGAUGUAAAAUCAGUCGAGUCUUGAAUCACUGUACCAGCAUAGUUUCUCAUGGUAACCCAGUUUAAUCGUUUCAGCCGUUUUUUGUUAAA